AUGCUUGAUCUCUCUUCUCUUGCUGCCCUUCGAUCUGGUGUUCUGCUCGAAAUCGUCUUUGCGUGUAGAUCGAUAUCGCUUCUGCAGUUGAGGAAUUGUGUUUAUUUGUCCGAUGAUGGUAUCAAAGGACUCACUAGGAUGAAAAACCUCCGGCAUUUGGACCUGAGCGGAUCGAUUUUGAUCACUAAUGAUUCGAUUCAAGAGUUCAUCAAGGCGUUCCCACAAGUAAAAGGCGAGAAAGGUUCCGUGACGAUCGUCAUCGGCGGAACAGCAGCCGAUUCCUCUCGUCUGUCAGUGCGUGGAAGCCGUGUUGUCGUUGACCUCAGCGAUUACACAUCCAUACUUUCCAUGUCACAUCGGCAUUCUCAUUCGUUUAGCAUAGGAACACUAUCAGAUGAUGAACUAUCGGACAACGAUUUCGAGAAUCUCACCAGUCAGCGUAAGCCUUGCCCAGAAUGUUCGUUCUACAUCGACGCCAUAUGUGGUGAGGAGGAUUCACCGAUAGAAGACGAAGCUGAACUGCAACGGUGGGCAGAAAGAGAAGCGCGAAACCUCGGGUUGAUCGAUAAAUAA